CAUUUGGCUGUCCGAGCGCCAUGGAGGGCGAGGUCCUGGGAGAGGAGGCGCUGCUGCGGAAGCUCAGGGACAGCCGCCGCCGCUUCCAGAGGCGCAUGCAGCAGCUGAUAGAGAAGUACAACCAGCCCUUCGAGGACGCCCCGGUGGUGCAGAUGUCCACGCUGACCUACGACACGCCCCAGGGAUUGCGAAUUUGGGGAGGAAGAUUAAUAAAGGAAAGAAAUACAGGACAAAUCCAGGGCUCCCCGGUGAAGACGGACGACAGGACAGAUGGACCUAUGCGAGUCCCAGCUGGAGGUCACGAGCUUCCCUUGCCCUGCACACAAGUUGAGGAUUCAAUAAGCAGUGAUACUGAUACAACUUUAUUCCAGGAAGAUGUGGUCGCUGGUAACUUAAUGCCUGCAGUGCCCUGGAGCCCAGUGAAAAAUGAGCUAAGGAGGAAGUACUUGACACAAGUGGAUAUCCUGCUGCAGGAUGAAGGGUGUUUGGAGUGUGCCAGUUACGGAGAGGGAAAGGACACCCGUGUGACCCUGGUCCCUUCAUUGGCCUCGCCCGCCAGGCCUGCCGUAGGAUGCUACGGUGGCGUCUCUGAAGAGAGCCCCGAUGGCCCAUUUCAGCCAACGUCAUUGCCCAGAGAGGGCGAUGCUUCGCCCUCUUGCUCAGCAGACCUGGCCCUGGUGCCGAGGGGUGAUGGCAUCUCCUUACAGGGAGGGACCGGUGGCAGCAGCUCCUCAAGCAGCCGAUGCUCUGAGGCCGAGGACAUCUGCAACGCGACACUCAGCGAUCUGUACGCGGGCAUGCUGCACUCCAUGAGCUGCCUGCUGGGUGUGAGGCCCUCCUGCGUCAUCUCCACCAAGACAUUCAUCCGCCAGAACUGGAGCUCCAAGCGGAGGCACAGGUGUAAGAGCAGAAUGAACAGAACAAGCUGCAGAGGAGGCGGGCGCUCUCGGAGGAGCCCCCAGGAGAGACGUCCACCCAGCUCCGAACCCGCGAAGGACGUGGCAGUGUUAAGAGAUCGCAAGAACUUACUCGAUGUUUCUGGCCAUAAGAUGGGUUUAAAAUUGGGAAGGGCUUUUCUGGAAGUAAACAAACCCCAGAUCCACGCCUUCGCUUCACAUUGGAAGGAGCUACCGAGAACGCCUCAGAAGCAUCAUUCUUCAUUGACUUACUUAGACUCCAAUACAGUGUAUCAUCUUGAUCAGGAAAAUAGAUUCAUGACAUUAAAGUGGUUGAUUUCUCCUGUAAAAAUAGGUUCUAGACCCAGAGUACCGCCGGGCGAGGGAGGGAAUCGUUAUAGGGAGAUCGAAAUCAGAUUUGACAAGCUUCAUCAGGAAUAUUGCUCGAAUCUUAGGAAGCAGCCCUGCCUGACUUACCUUUCCGGCUCCUCAGCUGUGGAUGUGUACAGAGGUGGUCCAGCAAGCCCUGGUAGCCCCCAGGGCGUAGAAGCCCACAGGCCGAGUAGCCCUCUCCGCAGAGCAAAAGCUAAGAGGUUGAGUGAGGCUUUUGAAAGCCUGGGCGAAAGAUCUAUCAGAGAAGGUAGCUGCCCACCAAAGAGUGACUCCUUCCCCUCACUUUCAAAGACCAACUCCACACACAGCCCGGGCCGCUCGGAGCAGACCUCUGACCUUGCUUGUCAAGGAGAUGAUCUGGGAGGAUUUAGGAAGUCAGUAUCGCUCAACAAAGCCAUUUCAGUACCCAGGGUACAACCUCCAGGCUGUGCCAGGGAUCGUUACGAUGACAUUAAAGAAAAAUUUGACAAGCUUCAUCAAAAGUAUUGCCAAAAAUCGCUUCAGCAGACGCAGGCGCCUUCGUGUACCAGAGCAUCUCCAGAUAAAGCAAGUGUGGGAGUUCGGUAUCAAAAAGAAGACUUCUUAGGAAAAUUCGAUCCAGACUCUGGCUCCCAGGGCCCCGCAAAGUUGUCAUCAUCACCCCAGCAGAGCAUUAAAAGUCCCCUCGGCUCAAACACAAUUGGGGCCCCUCCAUCUACAGGUUUUGCUCUCCAUGCCGGCUGGGGCCAUCAAGUCCCCACAAAACGACGCCGAUUAUCAGACCCUCAGGUGUGCAGACAGUGGGCUGGACCCUGGGAUUUCUCACCUGUGGGCAGAGCCAUCCCGAGGCCCGGGGAAGAGGCUGGCUCUUUACAGCACACCUGGGAAGAGAAGAAGAGGAAAGAACAACACAUCUUUCAGGAUGGAAGAGAAAAGUGAUUUCGUGUUAGAAAACCUCAAAGCUGAAAAUCUAUCGCCAAGUUAUUCUGAAGUAUUCCCUCUUUCCUCUCUUUGAUUUUUGUGUAUCUUUUUAAAUUCUCAAGAAUAUGUGACAACUUGCUUUGCUUAU